UUUAUUCCUGUACACCACCUCUCAGACUUCGUCUGCAUCCAGAGCAAGCACCAGGACGGGAAGACGAAGCAGCAGUGAUAUUUGUGCAGGACAUCUCGUGCGAAAGAGACCCAGACGACAGCCACCAUGUGUGACUGUUUUCACCUGGCGUUUCCCAACUGGCAUGCGUCGGCCACUGGGAAUGGGCACAGGCUCAGGGGUCCAGAACAAGACACAGAAGAAGAUUUAGUAUGUGAGGAGCCUGAAGUUUUAGAGGAGGAAAGACCUCGACCUCAGGGUUCCUCGCCUGUAGAAGAAUUUCCAGCCACAGAAAAAUAUGUCAAACAGGCUGAGGGUGACUUUUAUGACUCGCCCACUAAGAGCUCCAAAAAAGGCAAGAAAGGUUUCGGGUCAAUGUUUGACAAGCGUUCCUCUGGCAAAAUGAAUAAAAAUGAAGAAUCAGAAAUGAUAGUGAAGACAGUAAAGGGAGGCUGCGCUGAAGGUCUGGUUGUAAGUGGAGGGGGAAAGGAUGGUAUCUUUAUCAAGGAAGUCAAAAAAGAGUCACCUGCCUCAAAGCAUUUAAGUGUGAAAGAAGGUGAUCAAAUACUUAGUGCUACAGUAUACUUCGAUAAUGUAUCAUAUGAAGAUGCCCUCCAGAUUCUUGAGCAUGCCCAACCAUAUAAAGUGGAGUUUUGUCUAAAACGCAAACCGGCUCCAACAAGAACCCAGGAAGAUGCAGAGACAACGAGGCCAGGCGUAACCAUUGGUGAGGAGGCUGGGGAAGAAGACGAUGCAGGACCAGAAAUGAGAGGUCGGAGAAAGUCAAAAAAGCAACAUGAUCGCAUCUCUUGGCCCAAAUUCCCUUCCUUUACCAAGGGACACGGGGCGAAAUUCAAGAGAUCUCACAGCACCUCUGAAGCUGAGGAACAGAGGAAAUUAGAGAUGAGCCCUACGACGAGUGACACAGAGUCACCUCUUAAGUCUCCGUUAAAAUCUCUAGAUGAUAAAGACAAGAAAAAGAUGCACAAAAAGAAGCUUAAGAUGAGGAUGACAGGUCGCAGAAGCAAGUCUGUUGAAGAGACUCCCGAAAAUGCAGAAGAGACAGAUGACGUGGAGGUUUUGAAUAACCAAAAUAUUAUGAAUAUAGAUGAAGAGCACAGCUUUCACGAGUCUGUGACUAAUUUGGUAGAGAUUCCAAAUAUGUUAGAUGAAGCUGAUAAGACUGAGUCUAUUAAAACAAGAAAUGAAUUAACAUACCCAACUUUGCCAGUGACUGAGUCACUGCAUAAGGCUGAGCUCAUCACCUUGGACAAUACAUUAAAGACUACAGAUAUCACAGCUGCUUUUGGGGAACAAAAGAGAGAAAUAUCUGAAUUAAAGGUUAGUAUACAAGGCAAGGACAAAUCUGAAAUAGGAACAGACACCCAAUUGAAAUCUUUCUCAAGUGGGAUGGGAACUUCAGAUCCAUCAACAAUGAUCAGUGUUGUGGCCAGUCCCAACCUACUAUCGAAAGAUGAGAUAGUGGGGCAUCAAGUGGAUUCUGAUAUUAAGCUAGAAAACAAAGAGAUUUUAGAGAAGACCCAUGAGCUGGAAGAAACCGACAUGAACGUGCCUAAAACUGAUGUAGAAAAAUCCCAGAUGACUGGCAGUGAUAAGGGAAAGAAAGAAAUAAACAUUCUUGAAAGAGAAAUUUAUGGGAUUCGAACCAGAGGUCCACUGGCAGACAUAGCCAUAUCAAGUCAUUUCGCACCAAAUAGAUUUGACUUUACAUCAUCAGACCCUUUUGCUUUUGAGAUUAAAAGAGUCACUGACACACAGAAGCAAAGCACUUCAAGACCGGUUAUAUCCCAGCCAAAACCAAAUGCUCUGGAGUCACAAAGAGCAAAUACUGAUGCCAUUCUAGGUGAUCUUGGUAAAACAUCAAAGUUUGAACUGCCUAAGGUGGAUAUGUCUAAAUUUGAACACCAAGAAACAAUAACUAUUAAACAGAGAGACACAACCAAAGUCCCUCUCCUAAACAGAGAGGAAAUAGAGAUUCCUGGAAGAGAGGACAAAAGAUCAAAAGAAAAUUAUCAAUCUCCAAAAAUUAAAGAAACAAAAGUUGAGAAGAUAAUAAAAAUCUCUAAAACAGGUCAUACUAAGAGGGUCCCUGAAGAGUUUAAUGUUGAUGAUGUAAAGGAAGCAGUAUCAAAAUUUCCAUCAUUUAAAUUACCAGAGAGGGACAUUACAGGGGUCCUUGUACAGAGAGAAGUCGCAAUGAUGGAAAUGAAGACUGGCUUGACACCUAAAGGAUCCCCAUGUAAAAUCUCAAGCUUUAGCACCGAAAUAGCAUAUGUAAGCCCUGGACAGCCUGAAACGGUUAAAGAAGUAAAACAGAAAUCUUCUUCUAUUGUUACAAAAGAUGAAGUAAACAUAUUACCACAACCUGAACUCUACCUGCAUGAUGAAACAGAUAUAAAUGAGAACAAAACAGGCCGAUCAAAAAAAGCCCAACAAUCCAAAACUGGCAAAAUGUUAUCAAGGGAUGGUAAAAUAAGUACUUCUCCUGAUGUUACAGUUAAACUUCCAAAGCGUGAAGACAUUGAAAUACCAGGAAUGGAAGCAAAUGAGCAAAAAAUCAAAUCAGACACACAAGACAAAGCUGUGAAAGACUUUACAGAUGUAACUGAAAAGUCAAAUAUCAAACCAGUCAGAAAAGGACAUGAAAAGAAAUCUAAGAAAGCAAAAGUGUCCAUUCCAAGUUUCGAAAUCGCAAAACCUGACAUUCGUAUCCCAGAUAUUAGAAUAGAGUUACCAAAAAAGGCCACCUCAUCUAAAAGUGAUGACAUGAAGGAGAAUAUGCACCUUGAUGAAACAAAACAAAUGAUAGAGAGUGAUCAAAUGCAACAUUGGGAGGCUAGCACAGCUACUGUUACAAAAGUCCCAACCCAAGACAUAACUCAAGAUCUGAGGGCAUCUGAUAAUAAAGACAUGAAUAUUACUGAGCCAUCUCUGGCCAAGGCAGAAAUCACAGGUAAAGACACAAACAAAGACUGGGGUAAGAUAAAGAUGCCAAGUAUAGAUCUUUCUCUUCCAAAAGUAAAACUUACACUGACAGAGGGAAAGUCAAAGCAUAAGGAUACUGGACUCACAAAGCCUGAAACUGAUGCUAGUGUUGAGUUUAGCAAAGAACAAAAAUCCAGCGAGUCAGCAGCGCUCACUAAAGAAAGUGUUAAGGAUGUUGACAAGAAGGUUGAGGAUGUGGAAGAUGUACAAGACGGGACGGGAUUGAUUGAGAUAGAUGGAAAAACUGAGGUUGAGCCAAAAGCAGAAAUGAAAGAAACAGAGGCUAAAAUAAAGAAAAGAAAAAUUUCUUUUCCCAAAUUUGGAUUUUCGAAAUCAGAUAGUAAAGUGUCCGAUGCUGAAAAAGCUCACCCAACAGCAGAAGGCUCAUUAAAAGAGGGAGAUGCCGAUGUAACAGAAACAGAUGUUGAAAAUAAGACCAAGGAGAUAGAGGCUGAUAUAAAGGAUUCAACAGAUUCUCCAUCAAGAUUUAGACUCCCAACAAUUAAAUUUCCAAAAUUUGGUGUUUCAUUUUCAAAGACAUCCGAUGGUCAGACUGAUAUUCAAAUGCCUGAUGCCAGCACAGAGGAAACAACAGCACUACCUGACAUAAAAAGCCCAGAGAUUAUUAUUAGUGUUUCUAAACCGGAAUUGUCUUUGCCAGAAGGAAAAACAGAAAUCACAGGUAUUACCAUUCCAAAAGUAGAUGUUGAGUCAGAAGGGAAAAAAGAAAUGAAAAUAUCUUCAGAACUUUCAUUUUCUAAACCAGAGGUUGGUCUGACUGACCACGAGGUUGAUGGAGAGGUUAUUGCUGUUGAACUGUCAAAACCAGACAUCAAAGCUGUGGCAACUGAUGUCAGUCUUCCACAAGGUGAUUUCUCCAUUCAAGAAGGCAAGAUGAAAAUAAAAGAGCCCAAUGUGAGUUUCACUGUUUCAGAGGAUGAGGCUGAACAAAAAGAUCCAACAGCUGGCAGCACACAAACAAAGUUUAAACUCCCCUCUAUCAACUUACCAAAGUUUGGAGGUAAAACAUCCAAGGUAGUAAAAGAUAUGCCAAUGAUAGAUAUAGAUGCUGAAGAACCUGAUGUAAGACUUCCAGAGGCAGAAAUAAGCAUGGAACUAAAAGAUGAUGCACCACUGGGUGAUAUAAAGGAACCUCAUGUGACCACAGAAGGUUAUGAUGAAGGUCACAGUGUGGACAUGAAAGCUGAAGAUGUAAAGCCUAAAAAACAAGAGGGUACAUUUAAACUGCCAAAAAUUGGGUUUUCAAAGUCAGAUGUUCCGGCUUCCGAUGCUGAUUUGAGUCUUCCAAAAAUUGAUGCCUCCAAACUAGCAGGUAGCACUGAUUAUGAAGAAUCAAUCAAAGAGACAGCAGAAUCCAAUGCUGAGUCUGAACAAGAUGAAGAAAUACUUAAAGGAUCUCCAACAAAAUUUAAACUUCCAACAAUUAAGUUUCCAAAAAUUGGUGUCUCUUUAACAAAGACAGCAGCUGCUGACCAUGACAAUCAAAUGCCUGAAGUCACCAAAGAUAAACCUACCAUGGAAAUUAAAUUGCCUGAGGCUGAAUUGGCUGGAGAUUUGCCAUCAUUACCUGAAAUGGAAAGGUCCAACAUUAUUCUCAGUCUAUCUGAAGAAAAGACUGAAAAUGCUCAUUAUGAAAUUAAGACAUUAUCUCCAGAUCUUGCAAUUUCUAAACCAGAGAUUAAGAUGGGCCUUGUAGACCAUGGUUCUGCUGAAGAGCCAGCUAUAGAAGAUUCUGUAGUUGAUACUGAAGUCAAACUUACUUCAGUUAGAGAUGAUGCAGACAUACCCGAAGCUAAAGAUAAAGAGAGUGAGACUAAGAUAAAAAAACACAAAAUAUCAUUCCCAAAAUUUGGAUUUUCCAAAGCUGAGGCUAAGCACCUAGAUGUUGAUACCAGUGUCAAAACAGAAAGAAAACAUGUGCCAGAAACUGAGACCAAAGAUACUGAGGAAACAGUUCCUGCUCCAGAUCUUGAAGUCCAGUUGAAAAAUAAAGGUACUACUGGUUCUCCAUCCAAAUUCAAGCUUCCGACAAUUUCGCUCCCAAAAUUUGACAUUUCAAUUUCAAAGACAGAGGAAGAAUCUCAUGGCAAGGCUGAUGAUGUAGAAAAGUCAGAGAGAAAAGCAACAUCCGCAGUUUCAUCACAACAAAAAGAUUUAGAAAUAUUUAAAGAUACAGAAACUCAAGAUACAGAACCAUCAAAAUUACAUUUUGAAGCCCUACCAGGGGAUGCUGAAAUAAAGGAUAAAGAAACUGAUCCUCAAAGUCAUGGGAGUCGGUUUAUGACAACCAAAUUUGAAUUUUCAUUUCCAAAGCUAAAAAGACCAGAAAGUAAAAAGGGAGCUCCAAAAAUGGUUGACAAUGUAGAGAAACUUGAGGGUACACAUGACAUAGAGAUGGAAAGUCAACAUGUUGACGGAAAAGCAGAUGUGAACUUGGAAUAUGAGCUUUCUAGACCAGACAUUGAAGCUCCAGAGGUCAAUGUUACGAAAGAGGAUGUGGCUUUGACAACAGGUGAAGUAGAUGUGAAACAACUUGAGCCUGACAUAAAAACUCAUACAAAGACCAAACGAGGUUCACCAAUAAAGUUCAAAGUUCCCUCAUUCAAACUACCCAAAUUUGGAAGCUCAGCCUCAAAAGUAAAACCUGAAGUAACAGAUGUUACUGGAGAGGCAAAUCUUUUAGAGGCUGAAGUUUUACUCACAUCAGUAGACAUUUCAGAUGGAAAGAUUGACCUUACUGUGUCCGAUUUUGAGCAGCCAACUGUAGAUAAUGCUGACAUUUCUUUACCAGAUACAAAAUCUGGAAAACCUGAGUUUGAAGAUGAAGUACCUCAAGAAUUUGUUUCAAUGGGAAUGAAGACCAAACAAACAGAUAUUUCACUUCCUAAAUUUCAAAAACCUGACAUCUACACACCAGAAGGCAGCGUAGACCCAGCAGAAACAAACAUAGACGUUAAAGUGUCACAGAUGGAGUCUGGCCAAAAAGACUCAAUUUUUGGCUCUCCAACAAAGUUUAAACUCCCUUCAAUCAGCUUCCCAAAAUUUGGAGGUAAAUCACAAAAAGUAGCAGUAGAUACUAAAGCAGCAGAAUCAGAAAUAGAGGCCACAAACACAAAAAUUGAUAGUUCUCAACUAGAGGCAGACUUUGAAGUACAUCCAUCCAAUAUUGAAAUUGAAGACACUAAGAGGAGUGCAGACGUUCCUGUGGUUGACUCCAAAGGCUUAGAAGUAAAAAAGAAGAGAACAGGCUUUUCAUUUCCCAAAUUUGGGUUUUCUAAACCAGAAAUAACACCUCCAGACCUUGAUGUCACUGUACAAAAGACUGAUGUAUCCAUACCUGAAAGCAUUGUGCAUGUAACAGAUCAAACAGCAGAAAUUACACUUCCAACGGUAGGGAUGGAAGCCGAACAGAAAGAUCUUACAAUUGUUGGUUCCCCCCCAAAAUUGGAAAUGCCUUCAGUUAACCUCCCAACAUUUGAAAUCAAAACUUCCAAAGAUACAGUUCAUUUAUCAUCAGAAAUUAAUGUUCCUGAAUCAGAAAUCAAAAUACCAACAACUGACCCAGCAAUAAGAGAAAAGGAGGUUGAUAUGUCUGCCACAGGAGGUAAGGUAGUAAUACCCUCAGCUGAUACUGACAUUCAAUAUAUAUCCAUUGAGGGUAAAGCAGACAUACCUGUAGCUGACUCCAAAGACCUGGAUGUGAAACUGAAAAAACCAAGCUUUUCACUUCCAAAAUUGGGAUUUUCAAAGCCAGAUAUUAAAGAGCAAGAAGCUGAUCUUAGUCAACCAAGGAUUGACGUGUCUUUGGUUGAAGGCAACAUACCUGUUAUAAAACAAGAUGCAGAAAUGAUCCCAGAUGAAGAAAAUAAACAAGAUGCAACAAGUGUUUCCCAGACAAAAUUUAAGAUGCCCUCAAUAAACCUUCCAAAGUUUGGAAUCAAAUAUUCUAAGGAAACAACCGAUAUUCCAACAGCAGAUGUGGAUAUCAAAGAACCUGAAAUAAAUUUUCCAGAAACAGUAGAGAUGGAAACCAUUGACACUAAAACAAAUGUGGACAUUAAGAUGCCCUCUGUUAAUGUGGACAUUAAAACCAAAGGGGCUGAUAUUGAUGACCCGGAGAUCAAGUUUAAGCUGCCAAAAUUUGGAAUUGGCAUGCAAAAAGUAAAGGAGUCAGAGACGGAACAUAAAGAAACAGAGACUGGUCCACUAUCGGAAAAUGAGGUAAAAGAGCCUGAAGGUGCAAUUCAAGAUGAAACUAUUAAGAGGGAAGCAGACAAUGUUGAAAUGGAUUCUAAAGGGAUAAAGGUUAAACUUCCCAAAAUUGGAUUUUCAAAACAAGAGCUUAAGUCUCCUGAAGUAGACAUUAGUCUUCCCAAAGUUGACAUAGACAUAUCAAUGGGAAUUGCUGAUUCGCAACAAUCUGCAGAUAUUGCAUCUCCAGAAAAAGAUUUGAAGGAUGAUGCAUUGAUUGGCUCUCCUACCAAAUUUAAACUUCCAACUUUCAAUUUCCCAAAAUUUGGAAUCAAAUCCUCAAAAAGCACAGUAAAGAGUCCAACAGUAAAUGUAGACGCAGGGCCUGAAGUUAGCCUUCCUGAAGAAAACAUUAAAAUAUCAUCAGAAGUACCAACCGUUGAUAUAAAAGAACCAGUAGUAGAAGUUGAGGAUAUAUCCACGGAGAUAAACAUUAAGGGUAAAAACAUUGAUAAGGAGCAAAAAGAGGGAAAAUUUAAGCUUCCAAAAUUUGGCAUCGGUCUCCCAAAAAUUAAAGGUCCAGAAAGUAAAACCCUCACUGAUUCAGAAGAGAAGGGGGAUUUAUCAGCAGACAUUAAAGAGCUAAUGUUAUCCAGUGAAGUGGAUAAAGAGGCCAAAAGUACUGAACUUGACAUAGAAGAAAUUCAUUUAAAACUUCCAAAAUUAAAAAGUCCAGAAAUUGACAUAAAUAUUUCCAAGGUAGAGAUUUCUCACACAGACACUAGAGAAGCUACGCCCUUAAAUGCAGAAGAUCUUGUGGUUGAAGAACCAUCAGGUCUCAGUUCUAAGGAAGUAACUAUAAAAAUAAAGAAGCCAAGCUUUGCAUUUCCAAAAAUUGGAUUUUCAAAAUCAGAUGGCAAGGCCCAAGACAUCCAAGCCAGUGAAACAACCGCAGACAUGUCCUUUCCAGAGGGCUCUGUAAAAAUAGAAGAUAGUGAUCAAGAUAUUAAGUCACCAGAAGGUGAAACUGAAGUAACAAGUCCACAAUUUGGCUCUCCAACAAAAUUCAAACUCCCCACAAUAAAAUUACCCAAAUUUGGGCUUUCUGCUUCCACAAAGGUUUCCAAAGGUGAGGAGGUAGAGACACAGAAGAUGGAUCCUUUAGAUGACAAAACUGGAGCAACUGAUACGACCUCUGUUGAUACCAAUAUAAAAGCAAAUUUAGAUAACCAAGAUGGACAAGAUAUAAAAUUUAAACUUCCCAAAUUUGAGAUUUCAUUACCCAAAGUAAAAGGCCCUGAGGUAGAAGUUGCUACAAAAGAGUUAAAGACAGAAGCACCUGAAGUUGUGAUCAGUAAAUCAGACACAAGUGUCCCAAAAGCAGACACAGAUAUACAACAGGGAAGUGUCAGCAUUCAAAAAACAGAGGGAGAGGGAGAGGCAGAGCUGAAAGAUGAUAAAGCUGUUACAGGUUCUCCAAGCAAAUUCAAAUUACCUUCUUUUAAAAUGCCCAAAUUUGGAAUUUCAACUCAAAAAUCGUCUGAUGUGAAAACAGAAGUGACAGAGGCAGACGAACCAAAUAUUAAAACUGACCUAAAUGUUGACAACAAACCUAUAGUUUCUAAAGAUAUACACAUAGAGGGUAAAAUUAAAGAAACUACUGAACAGGGUCCAGAGGCUGGUGUUAAAAAAAAGGACAGCGAUAAAGGUUCACCGAGUAAAUUCAAACUGCCUAGCAUUAAAAUGCCAAAGAUUAACUUUUCGAGAACAAAAUCUCAGGAGGAAGAUGACACAACAGUAAAGGGCAGUGCUUCAGAAAUAAAAAUAGAACUCAAAGAUGAUUUACAAGGGCCUGAAAAAUCACCUACAUUUACAAGGCCUACCCAUAGGGAUGGCUUUGAAGUUGAGUUUAAUGUUCUAACACUAGAGGAAAUGGAAACACAGAAGGACAAACCAUCAGAAACUAAAGAUUCUGAGCCUGAAACCAAAGUUGAGGAAUCAAUAGAACAUAAAGACAAAUCCAAGUUUAAAUUCAAAUUUCCAAAAUUAGGAUUCAGCCAUUCCUUAGAUGACAGUGAUAAAUUAGACGACACUAAGGUAGAAGAGAGUCCAAAACAUGAUGAGGCACCAGUAGAUCAGAAAGUAGAAGAUAAUAAAGAACAUUCAAAAGCUAAGAAGGGGGGCUGGUUCAAAUUUUCCUCUCCAACCAAAACUGCAAAAGUCAAUAAGAAUGAAACUGUUCAGACACCUGAAGAUGCAGAGAAGAGACCAAUAAAUGAAGAUGUUGAGAAAGAAACUAACAAGGUAAAUGAGGAACCUGAAAAGAGCCCAAUGAGUGAGAUUGUGGAGGAGAAUAUUAGCCCAACAUUGUCCAUAAGGUCAUCUGAGGCUUUUGCUGAUAUAAGUUCCGCAUUAAACACUGAGCAGAUUGGCAUGUCACAAUCUUCCCCUACAAAAGUUAAAGUCAAAUAUGCCGAACCUGCUGCCGCAGUUGGGGUCAACGAUACACACGUACAAAGCGAUGUUGUGACUUCCACAGCCAGAUGUGAACUAAUAUCAAUGGAGCCUCACCAGCCAGAGAAAGUAAAUAUUCCAUUCUCCUCCGAUAUGUCCUCAACCUCAGUGGACACUCUUAAACAGAUGUCAGGGGAAAUUCAUGUCAUCACUUCGAAUAUACAAGCUAUACCAGAAACACAGCAAGCUGCAAUCCUUACUAGUUUAGAUGCCCAAGGAAUUCACACCUCGCCUUUAGAAGUUACACUAACAUCGGACUCGGUGUUGACAGUGGAGGAAACAAGAGUGCAAAGUGCAAAGCACACUUUGGUAGAAAAGCAUGUUGUGAAAGAGACGUCAAGUGAUGACAAAUCGACCAUAAUUGUGACACGUACAACACGUGUAUUUGAGGGAGACUCUGCAGAACCUAUUUCUGACGAGACAGCUUCUUCAAUUCGUAGGCUGAGAGACACAGUGCACAUUGAAAAAAUGAGGUUCUUUGAUAGUGUAGCGACAACUGAAGAAGUUCAAGUAACAAGCUCUGAAAUAUCUUUAAGACAUAUGGAUUCCUCUACUGAGGAGAAUGGGGAGAAGUGAACAUAAGAUUUGGCUGAGAUGUAAAUCAAAUUAGGUGAAUGUAUGCUUUUGAAUGUAUUUGAAUGCAGUUUCUCCUCUAUAAUCACAUUAGCCGGCUGAAUUGAAAUGCUAUCAAGCAAAAGAGUUGGGGCGGCGCUAACACUUAUUUAUUAACAUACAGUAUCACAAAGUAUUGUUAAGCUUAUAGAGAUUUUAAGCAUAUGAGAGAUUUCAAAAUAUAUAUAAAUUCAAAGAACAUAUAUAUGUCCUGGAUAACCUGGAAAAUUAUUAUUUAAUUUGUGGGUUGUAAGUGUGCUGUGUUGUAAAACUUUUAUCUUGGGAAUAUUGUUUACAGUGCAAACAGUGCAAAAGUAAUAUCCAAGCAAACACUAUUUAAACAGAUAUAUUCACAAAUAAAGUUAAUUAUUUAGCAGAUGUGGCUUUUAAAGACAGGAAUUUACUGGCAUUUAUUUCUCUGAGGUUAAAACAAAAUUGCAUAUCAAAUCUGUCUCUGCAGCUUGGAAAAAAAUAAAACAAAUUAUGUAAAUAUAUUUUAUUCAGUUAAAAGUCUCUCUGCAUAUUUUAAAAGACAAAUCCUUUUCGUAAUAAGCAAUGAUUUUUGCUAUGUCUAUUGAUGUUUUGCUAUGUGUAUUAAUGUUUUGCUAAUCAUAUUAAUGUAAGAGAAACACUUUAACUGGUCACUGCAAAAAUAAUAAAAUGUGAAAUGAUGCUUUAUGUCUCUGAUUUAGUAUAUUCUAAAAACUUUUCACUGUUAUCUACCUAAUUUUAUUGGUAAAACAUUUUACACACAAAAAAUAUUGCGUACAUUUUAAAGCUGCGAAGCAUUAUUUAAAGGACAACUUCGGUAUUUUACACUUAAAGCCCU